UCCAGCUGAAACAUGAAGCAGACUCUCAGCUUCUUAGAUCCAUUCAGGUCCAGAGUGAAACAGUCCAACCUUCAUCCAGCUUCCAGCCUUCACUGAUGCUGAAGCUGUUUCUGCUGGAGAUCCACAUGAAGAGUGACUCGGCUUCACAUGUUGUCAUCCUGGAUUUACACUCACAUCUCCAUCUGUCUCACUCCAGAUGUUUCUCUGUUCCAGCUGCUGGAGGACAACAUGGUGGCUUUCAUGAAGGAGGAGCUGAAGAAGAUGAAGAAGCUCCUGAGUCCAGAUUACCCAGCAUGCUCAGAGAGAGAGAGAGAGGAUGAGGAUGAAGAGCAGAGGAGCAGCAGAGAGUCAUUAGUGAGGAUGACUCUGGACUUCCUGAGGAGGAUGAAGCAGGAGGAGCUGGCUGAGCGUCUGAGGAGCAGAACUUCUGCUCCAAUCUGCCAACAGAAGCUGAAAUAUGGCCUGAAGAAGAGGUUCCAGUGUGUGUUUGAAGGAGUCUCUAAAGCAGGAGAGUCCACCUUCCUGAACCAGAUCUACACAGAGCUCCACAUCACAGAGGGAGGGGCUGCAGAGGUCAAUGAGGAACAUGAGGUCAGACAGAUUGAAGCAGCAUCCAGGACAGCAGACAGAGCAGAAACAAGCAUCAGACCAGGAGACAUCUUUAAAGCCUCACCUGGAAGAUCUCAGCCAAUCAGAGCAGUGCUGACAAAGGGAGUGGCUGGCAUUGGGAAAACAGUCCUGACUCAGAAAUUCACUCUGGACUGGGCUGAAGACAAAGACAACCAGGACAUCCACUUCACAUUUCCAUUCACCUUCAGAGAGCUGAAUGUGCUGAAGGAGAAGAAGUUCAGCUUGGUGGGACUUGUUCGUCACUUCUUCACUGAAACCAAAGAAGCAGGACUCUGCAGCUUUGAAAACUUCCAGGUGGUCUUCAUCUUGGACGGUCUGGAUGAGUGUCGACUCCCUCUGGACUUCCAGAACACUGAGUUCCUGACUGAUGUUACAGAGUCCACCUCAGUGGAUGUUCUGCUGACAAACCUCAUCAGGGGGAAACUGCUUCCCUCUGCUCGCCUCUGGAUCACCACACGACCUGCAGCAGCCAAUCAGAUCCCUGCUGACUGUGUGGACAGGGUGACAGAGGUCCGAGGGUUCACCGACCCCCAGAAGGAGGAGUACUUCAGGAGGAGGUUCAGAGAGGAGGAGCAGGCCAGCAGGAUCAUCUCCCACAUCAAGACCUCCCGAAGCCUCCACAUCAUGUGCCACAUCCCGGUCUUCUGCUGGAUCACUGCUACAGUUCUGGAGAAGGUUUUGAACAGCAGAGAGGGAGGAGAGCUGCCCAAGACCCUGACUCAGAUGUACAUCCACCACCUGGUGGUCCAUGCCAAAGUCAAGACGGUCAAGUAUGGUGGAGGAGCUGCCACAGAGCCACACUGGAGUCCAGAGAGCAGGAAAAUGAUGGAGUCUCUCGGAAAACUGGCUUUUGAGGAGCUGCAGAAAGGAAACCUGAUCUUCUAUGAACCCGACCUGACAGAGUGUGGCAUCGAUCUCAGAGCAGCCUCAGUGUACUCAGGAAUGUUGACCCAGAUCUUCAGAGAGGAGAGCGGCCUGUACCAGGACAAGGUGUUCUGCUUCAUCCAUCUGAGCCUUCAGGAGUUUCUGGCUGCUCUUCAUGUCCAUCAGACCUUCAUCAAGUCUGGAAUCAACCUGCUGGAAGAACAACAGGAAACCUCCUGGUGGUCAAAAGUGUUGAUGAAGAAUCCUAAUCUCCACCGUCUCCAUCAGAGAGCAGUGGACGAGGCCUUGAAGAGUCCAAAUGGACACCUGGACUUGUUCCUCCACUUCCUUCUGGGUCUUUCACUGCCGACUAAUCAGAGUCUCCUUCGAGGUCUGCUGGCACAAAGAGGAAGUAGCUCACAGACCAAUCAGAAAACAGUGCAGUACAUCAAGGAGAAGCUGAGUGAGAGUCUGUCUGCAGAGAGAAGCAUCAAUCUGUUCCACUGUCUGAAUGAACUGAAUGAUGGUUCUCUGGUGGAGGAGAUCCAACAGUCCCUGAGAUCAGGACGUCUGUCCACAGAUGAACUGUCUCCUGCUCAGUGGUCAGCUCUGGUCUUCAUCUUACUGUCAUCAGAAGAAGAUCUGAAGGAGUUUGACCUGAAGAAAUACUCUGCUUCAGAGGAGGCUCUUCUGAAGCUGCUGCCAGUGGUCAAAGCCUCCAGCAAAGCUCUGUUGAGCAGCUGUGGUCUGUCAGAGAGAAGCUGUGGAGCUCUGUCCUCAGUUCUCAGCUCUCAGUCCUCCAGUCUGACACAUCUGGACCUGAGUAACAACCAGCUGCAGGAUUCAGGAGUGAAGCUACUGUCUUCUGGACUGGAGAGUCCUCACUGUAAACUGGAAGCUCUCAGGUUGAGCAGCUGUGGUCUGUCAGAGAGAAGCUGUGGAGCUCUGUCCUCAGUUCUCAGCUCUCAGUCCUCCAGUCUGACACAUCUGGACCUGAGUAACAACCAGCUGCAGGAUUCAGGAGUGAAGCUACUGUCUUCUGGACUGGAGAGUCCUCACUGUAAACUGGAAGGAGCUCUGUCCUCAGUUCUCAGCUCUCAGUCCUCCAGUCUGACACAUCUGGACCUGAGUAACAACCAGCUGCAGGAUUCAGGAGUGAAGCUACUGUCUUCUGGACUGGAGAGUCCUCACUGUAAACUGGAAGCUCUCAGUCUGUCAGGGUGUCUGGUCUCAGAGGAAGGCUGUGCUUCUCUGGUCUCAGCUGUGAGCUCCAAGUCCUCCCAUCUGAGAGAGCUGGACCUGAGCUACAACCAUCCAGGAGCCUCAGGAGUGGAGAAGCUGUUUGCUGCAGUGGAGGAUCCACAGUGCAGUCUGGACACUCUCAGGGUGGACCAUGGUGGAGAGCAGACAAACUCAAUGAACAGAUUCCUCAAACUGUCCAACAACAACAGGAAGGUGACACGUGUGGAGGAAGAGCAGCCGUAUCCUGAUCAUCCAGACAGAUUUGAAGACUGGACUGAUCAGCUGCUGUGUAGAAAUGAUCUGAGUGGUCGAUGUUACUGGGAGGUCGAGUGGAGUGGAAAGGUUUAUGUAUCAGUGAGUUACAGAGGAAUCAGGAGGAGAGGAGACAUGAAGGAGUGUUUGUUUGGACGGAAUGAUCAGUCCUGGAGUCUGAGCUGCUCUGGUCUAGGUUACUCUGUCUGGCACAAUAAUGGAGAAACAUCCAUCUCCUCCUCCUCCUCCUCCUCCUCCUCCUCCUCUGGUAGAGUAGCAGUGUAUGUGGACUGUCCUGCUGGCUCUCUGUCCUUCUUCAGAGUCUCCUCUGACUCUCUGAUCCACCUCUACACCUUCAACACCACAUUCUCUCAACCUCUCUAUGCUGGAUUUACACUCCGGUCCUCUGGUUGUUCAGUGAGUCUGUGUCCUCUGUAGGAAGGACGGUCUCUGUCUCUGACAGCAGUCCUGUCAGCACCAAUCAGAGAUC